GGGGAGGAGGUGUGUCUCCGGACCGACGAGCACACGCCUCUCGCUUAAAUACGCUACGCGGCGGAGGUGAUGAGCAAAGGCACCGGAUUGCAGGGGCAGCGCACGUAAGACUUGUCGCACAGUUACUUUAGGCUGCACGUCAGCGUGCUACGCGGCCCGGGAAGGAGAAUAAAUUAAAAAAAAAAAAACAAGUCGGAGAAGAAGUCGAGAGAAGUCCGCCGCUGUCGUUGGAUCCCUAAUCAGCAGCAUUGGCAGCAGGUGUGAAUUCAUGUCUGUAUUUUCUCCUCAGAUAUACUGCCCAGUGUUUGUGCCCAGCCGAGAUAUGACUGAGGUGAUGAUCAACAGCACCUCCAUGGAGGACAUGAGGCUCAGCCCGAGCAAAGACAGACUCUCCUUCCAGAUAUUCCCAGACCCCUCGGACUUUGACCGUUGCUGUAAGCUCAAAGAUCGUCUGCCAUCCAUCGUUGUCGAGCCGACGGAAGGCGAAGUUGAGAGCGGCGAGCUUCGCUGGCCUCCAGAAGAGUUUCUGGUCAGUGAGGGGGAAGAAGAGCAGAAUAAUGGCGGCAUCCAAAAUGGACAGCCAACACAGAAAUCUCAGCACUAGAGGCUGUGUUGCAGCGCCCAUACGCCCUCGUUUGAUCCCUUUCUGAUAGACUCUUCCAACGCUGGUUACACUGCACCAACGCAUUCAGUGUCUCUUGAUGCCGUCCUUUUGCCCCUCAACACCAAAGCGUCAAAGCAAUACACACAAACCCGCACAUUAAAUGAUUCACUUAUACUGCAGACCCGCCAAAUCACACACGAACUGAUGUGCACAUUUACAAACUACACGUUUCCUUCCCUGCUAACCUACGCGUGUGUCUCGGCCCAGAGCGGAUGUCCUGUGGGACGGGGGCAGCUCAGUGCUGCGUGGACAGCGCUGGCACCGCAGGAGGCCAACGCUGCUGUGUGUUUCUCCAAAAUGGCCGGCGUCAUGACCCCAGAGACUUCGUACUCGCAUACAGAACUAUUGUGGUGCCCUUGAGGAUUAUUGCAGACAUUAUCACUGUCCAUACGUGUGCUCAAUUUUUGGGAUUUGUGUUAAUUAACUGUGAGCUCCACUGCUGUCUAUAGUUUUUCUGUUUCUGAGAAGUGAUUGUUUUGUGAUUUGUCUGUUUGUGUUGUGUAAAACAGGAUCCCGGACUGCUCGUCCAACAUAGUAUUUGACUUUACGACCUGGAAUCAUUUAGGAGAAAUUGGAUGGAAAGCGACAUAAACCAGCAUUCCCUGCUAUACUUGUGCAUACGAUCAUUGUACAAAGGCUUGUUGUGCAGUGAGCAGCAUGAUGUGAUUUCUUUCUCCCCCUUUUUUUUUACCUGUGAGCAUUGUGACAAACCACUUUGACUGAUAAGUGAAAUAGUACAAGAUUGAGAACAAAAUCAGAAUAUUGUUCCAUUGGGAAACAGCUGACUAAGACUGCAAAUUGUUUUUUUUUGUUUUUUUGAAAAAGCAGUUUAUAAAGCAAUGUACAGACUAAUGUAGGAUGUGUAAAUACUUGUUACCAAUGAGCCAACCCCUGAGGCCUUCUAGUGCGCUGAUCUGGUUUGUAUUAUGGGUUCGGUUUACUUUUUAGAGCGACAGUAGGUCUUGUCUUUUUUUUUUCUUU